AUGGGAGGGCCCCUCAGCUGGGUCCUGGUCCUCCUGGAGGGUCACCGUUGCUCCUGUCCCCGGAGGCAUUCUCAGUGGACACACAUCGUUUCUGCGGCAGCCCCGGCUGGGGAACCACUGAGCACCUUCCAGUUAUGUGACUCUGAGCUGAGAGCGAAGAGUCCAUCUGUGCCAGAAAUCUCUGUUUCUGGAGCACCGGGUCCUCAGAGCACAAUUCCUGGAACACCUGGUCCUCCCCUUUUUGGAGCACCGGCUGCGGGACCCUGUUCCCGGGCUCUCCUCAUGAAAGGUGGAGAAGGGACGAUUGGGGAGGAGGGACCCGGAGAGUACAGAGGAGCCGUAAAAUACCGGGGAGGACAAGCUGGCAGCGAGGCUUGUCCAGGGCCUGGGAGCGACACCCAGAGCCGGGAAGAGCCUGCCCCUUGCACCCUCGUGUGUCGUCCCCACAGCACGCCUGCCCUGAGUCCUGGAGCACACUUCACCCAGGCCCUGGCCCAUCCCAGCCCCUGCCCCCGCAGGCCCUCCGGCCCUGCAACCAACGCAGUAGAAGAGAACCCCAAUGGAGAGAACACUAUGAAAGUCUGGCAGGAUUACACCAUUGAAGAUGCCGUCAUUGUUACAGGAGAAGUCAUGAAAAUCAUUAAGCCUGAAACAAUAAAUAAACUCCUCAUAAUCGGAGAAACUGCAUAUCAGCCUAUUAUUGCAGAAUGUGGUAAAAGACCCAUUUUUGAGGGAGGAUCUCAGUAUUCCAGAAUCAUAGGGGGGAUGGAGGCUGAGGUGGGUGAGUUCCCAUGGCAGGUGAGUAUUCAGGCAAGAAAUGAACAUUUCUGUGGUGGCGCAAUCAUCAACAAGUGGUGGAUUAUCACUGCUGCUCACUGUUUAAUUUCUGAAGAGCUACUUCCAACAGACUUGAGUGUUGUGUUGGGAAGCAAUGACUUAAGCAGCCCAUCCCUGGAUAUAAAGGAGGUUACCAGCAUAGUUCUUCACAAGGACUUUCAAAAAGUCAACAUGGACAAUGAUAUUGCCUUGCUGCUGUUGGCCUCGCCUAUCACAUUCAAUGGACAGAUGGAGCCUAUCUGCAUACCCAGGAAGCCCACCCCCUCCACAUGGCACAAAUGCUGGGUGGCAGGAUGGGGUCAGACUAAUAGCGAUGACAAAUACUCUAUGAAAACUGAGCUGAUGAAAGUGCCAAUGAUCAUCACGGAUUGGGAGAAAUGUUUAAAGGCGUUUCCAAAACUUACCAAGAAUAUGCUGUGUGCUGGAUAUGAGAAUGAGAGCUUUGAUGCUUGCCAGGGUGACAGCGGGGGGCCUCUGGCCUGCACCACAGAGUCUGACAAGACCUGGUACCUGGUGGGCAUUAUCAGCUGGGGCAAGAGCUGUGGACGGAAGAACACGCCAGGGAUAUACACUUUGUUAGAAAAUUACACCCUUUGGAUCAAGAAGGUGACUGAGAUGGAGGGAAGACCUUUUAAUGCAGAGGAAAUGAGAGGUUCUCCCAAUAGGAAACAAAUGAGGUCCCAUGCAGCAGAAUUUCCAGAGCCAGGAAGCCACAGAUUCUGGCUUCUGAUUUCACUUCUGCCCUACAUGUUACUCUGGGCCAUUUUCUACUGA